AAUGAUGUCAUUAUUAAUCGCAGGAUUUGUCAUAGGAACAGUUUAUGCUGUUAACCCUAAUACUGAUAAAGUUGUAUUUCCAGGAUGGGGAGAUUAUAAUUUUAGUUCUUAUUCAGGAUAUCUACCAGUUGGAACAGGAUUAAGGUAUGAUGAAUAAUGAUGUAGAUAAUUGCACUAUGUUUUUCUUGAAAGUCAAAGUAAUCCCUCAACUGAUCCUGUUGUAUUAUGGUUGAAUGGUGGUCCUGGAUGUUCUUCAUUGUUAGGAUUAAAUGAAGAAAUAGGCCCAUUUGUGAUGGUUGAUGAAGAUAGGAAAUUCAAGAAGAAUCCUUAUCCAUGGAAUGCUAGAGCCAAUAUGUUAUUCAUAGAAUCACCAGCAGGAGUUGGAUUCUCAAUUAAUAAGGAUACUUCAUAUGAAUAUAAUGAUGAGAAUUCUGGUCAAGACAACUACUAAGCUAUAUUGGCUUGGUUUUAAGCAUUCUAAUAAUUUUAAAGAAAUAGAUUCUUUAUUGCAGGAGAAUCUUAUGCAGGUAUUCUAAAUAUAAUAAUCUAUAGGAAUGUAUAUUCCAUAUACAGCUAAAGCUAUUGUGAAUGGAAAUAAAUAAGCCUCAUUAAAAAUACCUUUAGAAGGUAUCUUGAUUGGUAAUGGUUUGUUGGUAUCUGACCCAUAGAAAAGAUGGUCAGCAUUACAAGAGUAUUUCCUUAGAAGAAAUUUCAUGCCUCCCACUGCUACAAACACAAUAAGAAAAAUAUGUAGUGUUAAACCAGAUUCAAUUAAGUGUUUAUUAGCUUAAACUCAAUUUGAAGAAAUCUGCUUGGGAUCAAACAUUAAUAUUUAUAAUGUAUAUGGAUAUUGCAAAGAUGAUACAACACCUGACUUUUUGAAAUAAAAAACUAAAUCAGGAAAAUAGAUCAGAUAUCCAUAUGUAUCCUGGUAUGAAGGAAACAAUUUCUAAAAGGUAGGUAAUAGUGGUGCUCCUUGUUCUGAUUUUGGACCAAUUACAGAAUACUAUAAUAAUGCCGAAGUUUAAGAAGCAUUGCACAUCUUAGAAAGACCUUAAUUUUGGUCUGCUUGCAAUAUGGAAAUCAAUGAAGCUUACUCAAUUAAUAAAAAUGGAAGUUAUUAAAUAUUACCUUUCUUAAGCGAUUCAGGAGUCAGAAUUUUAAUAUACUCUGGUGAUUAGGAUGCUAUUGUUAGUGUUGUAGAUACUGAAUAAUCUAUUAAUAUGAUACCAGGUAUAAAAGAAUUAGAUUCUUGGUCUCCAUGGGGAAAUACAGAUUUAGAUUUGGCAGGUUGGGUCACUUAAUAUAAUUACUUAAAGUUUGUUGUUGUAAGAGGAGCUGGACAUGUAACUUAUUAAUAUUUAUUUUAAUUAGAUGGUCCCUGAAGAUCAAAGACAAAAUGGUUUUGAAAUGUUUGAUAAAUUCAUUAAUAAUAAUGAACUUCCAAAAUACCAUUGAA